AUGCGUCGUUUCCUAUCAGUUUUGCUCUUUAUGAGAGCAGCGCUCGCCUCAUCCUGCGAUGCAGAGCCAUUGGUUCUGCCCCUUCGAGAUGUCCAGGUACUUGGCGACAAUAGACAGUCUAUCAUGAGAGGUAUACCAGCGGAAGUUGGGACUCCGCCGCAGAAGAUUGUGCUCUUACCCUGGGCCGAUUUGAAUAAUACCAUCAUCUACAACAGCGAGCCGUACUGCAUGAACGACACAAUGUACAGCGAAAAGUCCUGCAUGGUCGAAAGAGGUGGCCUCUUCAACGAAAAGAAUUCUACAAGUUUCAGCAAGGCCAAGAACCUCAUCGGAGCAGGCGGCGCGCCAAACGAGACGAUCUUUAAAGGCAGUGUCUACGGCAUUAAGACUCUUCCUGAAAAGAGCAUUGGGGGUAUCGACAAGCUCAAACUCGAAGGCUCAGUUGAAGUUCCCAAGUUUUCUUUUGGUAUACCAACAUCCAACUGGGACGACAGCCACACCACUCUCAGCGCCCUCGGUCUUGGUCGUAACUCAACAUAUCUCAAUGCUUUGCGAAAAGCGGAGAAGAUAACUUCAAGAGUAUGGUCUAUAUUCUGGGGCCAGUUCAGUCGUGAGAAGCCCUUCGAUGGGUCGCUCAUGCUAGGCGGAUAUGAUGAGGCAAAGGUCACAGGGAAGAAUUAUACUGCGCCUUUGGUGUAUGACCAUUUCGAUAAACCGCAAGGUUGCUAUACGGGCAUGAGGGUUACUGUGAGGGACAUCACGAUAAACUUUGUCGGCGGAACAAAUGCGAGUCUCUUUACUGCAGGCACAGCGUUGAAUUUCUGCAUUGAUCCUGCCCAUGUUCUUCUUAUGCAAGCACCGACAGAUGUUUUUGACAAGUUUAAGAGCAUCGCUGGGGUUGAAGGUGGCCAUUCCACAUCGGACCUGCACUGGAUGGCUUUCCAACCAAGUAAAAGAAAGCAAUUCCAUGGCGAUCUCACCUUUUAUCUCGACGCUGGUCUCGAGAUCCGCGUCCCGAAUAACCAAUUCGUAUUCCCAGAAGCAGAAAUCGACAAAGCUGGUUCGAGAGUGUUAAACCAGACUCAAAAGAGCAUUCUCAUUAAUGAUAUUGAGGAUGAAGCACUGAUUCUGGGAAGAUAUUUCCUUACCGCGGCAUAUCUGAUGGUCAACCAGGAUGCGGGGACUUUUACACUGUGGAAAGCGAAUGUUACAGAGGAGAGUAAGCCAGUGAGGGUGUUUGAUGAGACGACGGGAGAGAAGUGCGGUGAUAAAGCAAGUGGCGUAAUGCAGCCUUCUGCUUCUUCGACUGCAAAGCCAGACGAAAGCCAAGAAGGGAGGACAUCGCCUUCUGGUGGAGUGAUUGGCGGUAUUGUAGUUGGCUCUAUUCUCGGAGCAACUCUUAUUGCGGCCGGUGUUUACUAUGCUUUGUCCCAAUACCGGAAAAGGAGAAUGAAGAAGAAUACUUUCUACUACUAUCCUGCGCAUGAAGAUAUGCAGAGGUCGAAUGUGCAUGAGAUGGAUAGUACUAGCAGUCCACAGGCAGCCAAACCACAGCGGAAGAUCAUCGUAUUUUGA